ACCUUGAAGGCUGCCCAACGAUCGUGGGCAGGAGGUGGUUUCUGGUUUGUUGGGGCGUGUGUAUGUGUAUUUGGGGGGACUGAAGGGUACGUGGGGCGAAACAAAACCGGCCAUGGCAGCAGCGGAGGAGGAGGACGGGGGCCCCGAAGGGCCAAAUCGCGAGCGGGGCGGGGCGGGCGCGACCUUCGAAUGUAAUAUAUGUUUGGAGACUGCUCGGGAAGCUGUGGUCAGUGUGUGUGGCCACCUGUACUGUUGGCCAUGUCUUCAUCAGUGGCUGGAGACACGGCCAGAACGGCAAGAGUGUCCAGUAUGUAAAGCUGGGAUCAGCAGAGAGAAGGUUGUCCCGCUUUAUGGGCGAGGGAGCCAGAAGCCCCAGGAUCCCAGAUUAAAAACUCCACCCCGCCCCCAGGGCCAGAGACCAGCUCCAGAGAGCAGAGGGGGAUUCCAGCCAUUUGGUGAUACCGGGGGCUUCCACUUCUCAUUUGGUGUUGGUGCUUUUCCCUUUGGCUUUUUCACCACCGUCUUCAAUGCCCAUGAGCCUUUCCGCCGGGGUACAGGUGUGGAUCUGGGACAGGGUCACCCGGCCUCCAGCUGGCAGGAUUCCCUCUUCCUGUUUCUCGCCAUCUUCUUCUUUUUUUGGCUGCUCAGUAUUUGAGCUAUGUCUGUUUCCUGCCCACCUCCAGCCAGAGGAGAAUCAGUAUUGAGGGUCCCUGCUGACCCUUCCUUACUCCUGGACCCCCUUGACCCCUGUAUUUCUGUUGGCUAAGGCCAGCCCUGGACAUUCUCCAGGAAGGCCUGGGGAGGAGGAGUGAAGUCUGUGCAUAGAUGGGAGAGCCUUCUGCUCAGAGGCUCACUCAGUAACAUUGUUUAAUUCUCUGCCCUGGGGAAGGAGGAUGGAUUGAGAGAAUGUCUUUCUCCUCUCCUAAGUCUUUGCUUUCCCUGAUUUCUUGAUUUGAUCUUCAAAGGUGGGCAAAGUUCCCUCUGACUCUUCCCCCACUCCCCAUCUUACUGAUUUAAUUUAAUUUUUCACUCCCCAGAGUCUAAUAUGGAUUCUGACUCUUAAGUGCUUCCUCCCCCUCACUACCUCCUUUAAUACAAAUUCAAUAAAAAAGGUGAAAUAUA